AUUGAACCAUCUCUAUCUUCUUUUAUUAAACAUAAAGUUUAUAUAAGAAGGUGAGAAAACUAUAUAUAAGAUGGUUCGAUUCACUAUGUUCUUGGUCUUUUCUUUCUGUUUAAUCACGAUUCAAGGAAUGCAAAUAAAAAGGCAAACUAAUUAUAUUACAUUGGGAUGUAUGGGAAAAAACGAUCCAGUAAAGUUUGAUGCAGUUAGUAGAGUAUGCGAGGAUUGCUUCGAAUUGUAUAGACAACCAGAAAUUAUUAGAGGAUGCAAGUCCAACUGUUUCAAAAAUUCGUAUUUCAACAAAUGUGUGGAAGCGUUAUUGAGAUCUGAUGAACUGGACGAACUUUUAGAAAUGGUAGAAGAAUUACACUCUUAAAGACAUGUGCUCUAGAACAAAAAUUGACUAUGCACGGGAUGUAUAUUAUUAUUUAUUACUAUUUUAUUUGAUUUAAUGGAUAAUUAAAGCAGGAUUACUUUCAA